AUGACGAAAUUGGACAAUUGGAAGCAGAAUGCACCAGAUCACUUCUAUGGCUGCUGCAUGGCCAAGCUCAGGGCUGGAAGCGAGCCACCAGAACUGUUCGCGAGUUCGUGGAGCGAUAAGAUCUCACCCCUUCUGUGGCGGGUGCCGAUAUUUGUAUGGGCCGCGAUUAUUAUAACGUGGUCCGUCGUCUCCUUUUGGGGACCUCGGGAGAUGUUCCUCCUUUAUAUGACUCAUUGGGGAUUAGUGAUGAUUCUAUUGGAAUCGCUCUUUGGAAUCCUCGUCUGUUUUAGGAAGAAACAGGUCGAGUUCUCUGAUGCGGCCGAAGGAAUGCCGUUGUUGGUGAAGACGUAUUGGGUACUUUACAAUAUUACUGUACCUCUGGCAUUCCUUAUAUCGCUAUUCUAUUGGGGUGUACUAAGAACGCAGAGUGCAAGGAAUAUAAACUAUGCACCCGACCCGAUCCUGGAUCUCAUGCUGCACGCCCUUAACUCAGGAUUGAUGCUAUUAGAGCUGGUGCUAUCCAGACACCCAAGCAGGCUUCUCCACGUCAUGCAACCACUAUACUUCUCGGGAGUCUACCUUCUAUUUACUCUGGCGUACUUCUUCGCUGAUGGCCACGAUCCGUGGGGCAACCCUUUCAUCUACCCCGUUAUAAAUUGGUUUAAGCCUGUGGAAACCCUGGUUGUCUUGACGCUUACUGCGUUAUUCUUUGCACUAAUGCACAUUUUAACAGUGGGCAUAGCAGCGGUUCGUGAUUUCGUUUUAAAGAAAUGUACACACGACAAAAGCGGCCUUUACAAUGAUGCUUUUGAGCCCUAG